AUGGAUCAUGAAGACGACAACGAUCCAAACUGGAGGGUUCGAGGUGUUUACUCAAAUUUCGACCCUGAAAUCGCAUAUGAAAACGAACCUGAUAUGUUCACAUUGAAAGUUCACCAUGGAGGUGAACUCACUAUGUUCCCUGAUGUAACAUACGAGGGGGGGAUAAUCGAAUAUGUUGAUAAGGUGAAUGCGGACUUUUUCUCUCGAGUAAUCAUUGAUUCCAUGAUGUUGGAACUUGGUUAUACGGAAGAUGAUCUGGAUAUCUUGAAAUACUAUUUUAGGAUUCCAGGUGAAGAUAUGGAUUUUGGCUUAAGGCCAAUAGGUUCAGAUGAUGAUUGUCGUAGGUUGAUUAGGCUUGCAACAAAGUGUAAGGUUAUAGAGUUAUAUGUUGAAAAGGUUCAAAGGGUGGAUUUAGGAGAGUUGACACAGCAACCAUUAAAUGUGAUCUAUCCUGAACAAGAUCAACAGCCUCAAAAUGAUCCUGAUUUAGGAGAUCUAACACAGGAACCAGGUUGUGGUGGUGAUCAAAAUCCAGUAGGUGGUGAUGAAAUUCCAGUAGGUGGUGUUGGUAGUCCAGGAGGUGGUGAUGGUAGUCCAGGAGGUGGUGAUAGUGAUGGCAGUGGUGAUGAUAAUGAGGGCAGUGGUGAUGAUAAUGAGGGCAGUGGAGAUGGUAGCAGUGGAGAUGGUAGCAGUGAUAAGGUCCAGUCUGAGGGUAGUGAUUCUGAGGGAAGUGAUUCUGAAGACCCUCAGUUUAUUCCUGAUGAUGAGGUUAGUGAAGAGGAUAGUGAGGGUAUGAAUGAACAUGCCAGCAAAAAUAGGGCAAAUGCCACCAAAAGUGAAGCUUACAAGACUAUGAAUGAACAGACAGAGGAGGAUUUAGAUGAUCCUGAAUUCAUUGUUGAUAAGGAUAACUUGGUCAUAGACUAUGAUGAUGACAUGGAUGAAUUUAGGGCUGCUGUGGACUUUGACAUUAGUGAAGAUGACAACAUACAAGAAGACCAAUUAAAUGAGGAUGAAUUGGUAGAUGUUCAAGUAGAUAUAGAUAACUUUGAUAGUCUGAGUGACCCGGAUAUCAAGAUGGUAGAUAAGAAGCUGCAUGACUGGUUGAAACAGAUCCCAGUGAAACAUUGGAGCCGGUGUCAGUUUAGUGGUAGGCCAAAGUGUGACAUUCUUCUAAACAACAUUUGUGAAGUCUUCAAUAGGCAGUUGAUACAUGCUAGGGAUAAACCAAUCAUUACCAGUCUAGAGUGCAUCAGGGAAUACCUAAUGAAGAGGAAUCUUGUUGUACACAAGCUGAUUGCAAAGACCAAAGGUCCUCUAACCCCCUAUGCAACUAAAGCCCUAGACGAGAUCAAACAAGAAGCUGCUGAGUACACUGUUAUCUUUAACUCUAUCUCCAAGUAUCAAGUUAAUGGGCCAAGAGACAACAAAGUAGUGAACUUGGUGGAGAAAAGUUGCACCUGCAGAAGAUGGGACUUGACUGGCAUCCCUUGCAAGCAUGCAGUUGCUUGUAUAUGGAACUUGGCCCUACAUGGCAAGGAUGAUGGUGUAUUGGAGAAGUGGGUUGAUAAAUCAUACUGGAUGCAGACUUGGAAGGAUGUGUAUUCCCAUGUAAUUGAUCCAGUAGAUGGUCAAGACUUAUGGACACCUUCCACAUGCCCUACUAAGCUGCUUCCACCAAAGCACCACAAGCAAAUAGGCAGGCCAAAAAAGAAAAGGAAGAAAUCUGCUGUGGAAGUCACUGAGUUGACUCAACAGAUGGAAUCCAGUGGCAAGAUGUCAAGAAAGGGUGAAACUGUGGAAUGCAGCAAGUGUAAAAGGAGGGGCCAUAACAGGAGGAGUUGCAAGGGGACUGAUGUUGAAUAG